AUGAUCACUAUGUCAACUUUGAAAAAAGAAUUCUCAAUGUCAUGGACCUUCAAAAAGGUGCCGACUGCGGAAAACAGUAAAAAUUAUUCUUCUUUCAGCAAACAAGAAGACCAUUAUAAUUUUCUAUGGAGACUUUCACUACAAGAAAUUAACCAAAAAGCUGUUGUGAACUUGCACCUAAUUGAACCGAAGGAUGCUUCUGAUUUUUCUGUCGAAACAGAAUGCUAUCUUACAGUAUUCGAUGUAGAUGGAAUGAGUGACACUGAGAGAUUCACAUGUAAAUUCAAACCAGGAGAUGAUAACUUUGGAAUCACCUUUUCGUCUUGGAAGAGACUCUCAAGGACUUACUUGAUAAAUGGAGAACUUGAAGUUGAAGCUCAUGUGAAAAUUCUGAAUAUCUCUAGAUAUGAAAACAAGAAGCUUAAAGUAUUCGAUGAGUCGAUGAAACAAUUCUCGGAUAUUGUAUUGGUGGCAGGAGAGGAGAAGUUCUACGUUUCGAAACUGUUCCUCGCUUCCCAUUCGACUUAUUUCAAUUCUCUUCUUCUCGGAAAAUUCGCUGAAUCUAAGAAAUCGGAGGUCAACUUGAAAGAUAUCGAUCCGAAAGAUUUUCAAAAAUUUUUGGAAGUUCUUUAUGGAGAAGACGCAAUUAAUGAUUCGACAAUCGAAGGAAUUGUCCAUCUCGCCGACAUGUAUGAUGCUCCGACUGCACAUAGAAGAUGCGAGAAGUUUAUGAUGAAAGAGUCCGAGAAAUCACUGAAGGAGAAGCUUGAAUUGUCAGCGAGAUACAAAAUGAUACGUGUCAAGAAUAAAUGUCUCUCUGAAAUCAAAACCGCCGAAGACAUCAAAUCGGUUGUGCCAGAAAACAUCGAUGAAAUGGAUCCAUCUCUGACUGCUGCCAUCUUGAAGAAAGCCAUAUCUCAUCUUAAAUAA